AUGGUCGGGGAGGUCGAAAAGUACGGGGUAGAAGUUGUCGCGUUGCAAGAAACAAGAUGGGCCGGGGAAGGUUCGCUUAAUGCGGGUUCGUACACGCUUCACUAUGGAGGGUCGGAGAUCCAUAGUCUUGGCAUCGGUUUUAUGAUUAAUAGGAAAAUCUUAUCCGCGGUAAAAGACAUUAAAUUUAUAAACGAAAGAUUAGGAUUGCUCGUUGUGCAGGGCCGAUGGUACAAGAUCGCGAUAAUCAACGUACACGCGCCGACGGAAGAUAAAGAUGGCGAAAUUAAAGACGAGUUCUACGAAGAACUCGAACACCUCGUGGAUCAAUUACCGAACGAUUACAUGAAAAUAGUCGUGGGAGAUUUUAACGCGAAAAUCGGUAAAGAGGACAUUUUUAAACCAACGAUCGGGCUCGAAAGUUUGCACGAGGAAAGUAACGAUAACGGAGUGAGGGUAAUUAACUUUGCGACCGGCAAAAAUCUUAUCGUCAAAAGCACGUAUUUUAGACACAAAAAUAUCCAUAAACAAACUUGGAUUUCCCCGGAUGGAGGCACGCGUAACCAAAUUGAUCACGUUCUUGCAGAUAAACGGCGUCACACGAACGUACUCGAUGUCAGGUCUUAUAGGGGGGCGGAUUGCGACUCGGAUCACCUCUUUGUAAUUGCCAAAAUCAGGGAACGUCUUUCGCUAAACAAAACUAACGGGCAGUUGUUUGGAACUAAACGUCUAAAUGUACAAGGUUUGAUCGAGGGAGAAAACGGAAUAAAAUACGCGGUCGAAGUAACGAAUAGACUCGCGGCUUCAAAGGAAAUAGAUGAAUCGGAUGAUAACACGGUUGAUAAACACUGGGAAAACGUACGAGACGCGAUAGUAAAAUCGGCGGAGGCCACGGUUGGUUUUUGUAAAAGGAACAAAAACAAGCCGUGGUUUGACGAAGAAUGCGUAAAAAUUGUUAAAGUACGAAACGAAGCGCGCAUCACGUGGUUGGCUCAAAAUACGAAGGAAACUCGGGAUCAGUUUCUUAAGAUUAGAAAGGGAUUCCAAGCUAGGACGGAAAUGGUGAAAGAUGAGAACGAUAAUUUAGUUACGGAUACAACGGCAGUUUUAAACACAUGGAAAAAUUAUUUUGAUCGGUUAUUGAAUGUCGAAUCUGAAAACGACCGGGAAAUAGAGAAUUUUGAGUAUCACACGGCUGAACCUAGGAUUAACGAACCGACAAUUUCAGAAGUAGAAAGCGCGAUUAAAAAAUUAAAAAAUCACAAAGCACCGGUGUCGCCUCUAAACCGUCCCUACAAAGAGUGGCUUAGAAGCCGAGCCUACCGGGAAACGCGGAGAUUCUUGGAUGAAGAGUUCCGGAGAUACCUCGGGAGUUCGCGAGAUCAGAGUCGCCCGGCCGAGAACCAUUUGCCACCACCAUCCUCGUCACCACCGGCUCUGCCGGCUAUACCUAACCAGUUAGAGGUUAUACCUCCCCCUUAA